AUGCUGGGAACCUACGAGUACAGUGACUUCCCGAUGGAUGAAGCUACAUUCGGGGUGAAGCCCGGCGAGCAUAUUCCCGGGCAUGUUCUCCAGAAGUACUUUGAGAAGUACACAGAGCACUUCAAGUUUCAGCAUUGCAUUCGUCUCAAUUCCCGGGUGGAAAGCGCUGAGCAUCGCUCGGAUGGAUCGUGGGUGUUGACGGUGGUCCAGACAAAGCAGCAACAGCAGCAAACAUCGCGUAUUGAGACGAAGAGGUUGAUUGUAGCAACUGGUCUUACCUCUCAGGCGUAUCUCCCUUCGUUUGAAGGGCAGGAGUCAUUUGGCGCUCCACUGUUCCACUGUCGCGAUCUCCUGGAGCACGAGCCGGAAGUGCUCAAGAAGGACCAACACGUGACCAUAUUCGGUGGCACCAAGUCCUCCUGGGAUGCAGCGUAUGCCUGCGCAACGUCCGGAAUGCAGGUGGACUGGAUUAUCCGCGAGUCGGGCCAUGGACCUAUCUGGAUGGCGCCGCCGUACGUAACGCCGCUGAAGAAGUGGCUGGAGAAACUGGUCACCACACGGUUCCUGACGUGGUUCAGUCCGUGUAUCUGGGGUGACGCGGACGGCCAUGGUUUUAUUCGGCGUCUCCUGCAUGGCACCUGGCUGGGCCGCAAACUAGUCGAUGCGUUCUGGGCAGUGCUGGCCCAGGAUGUCAUCGAUGCCAAUGGCUACGACAAGCAUCCGGAGGUGAAGAAGCUCCAGCCGUGGAUCAGCCCGUUCUGGAUCGCCUCGUCUCUCAGCAUCCUCAACUAUCCCACCGACUUCUUCGACCUGGUCAGAGACGGCAGCAUCCGAAUCCACAUCGCCGACAUUGACCACCUGUCUCCAAACACCGUCCAUCUCUCCACAGGCUCUUCUAUCCCUACAACGGCCCUUAUCUGCUCCACGGGCUGGAAGGCCACUCCCCCUAUCAAAUUCCUGCCAACAGGGAUCGACAAAGACCUUGGCUUCCCCUGGAGUCCUGACCUCUUUGACGAAACCCUGCUCAAGCAAGCGGACGAGGAAAUCCUCCGCCUCUACCCCCGACUCCGCGACCAACCCGUCCCGAACGAGAAGUACAAACCCCUCGCCGAUACAGCCGAGGCCACAGCGCCUCAUCCCUUCCGUCUCGCCCGGUUCAUGGUGCCCCCUGUCCCAAGCAUGCUGAAAGAAAGAUCCAUCGCCUUUAUGGGUAUAACCAUGACCAUCAACACGGCACUGAUUGCCCAAACCCAGGCACUCUGGAUUUCAGCCUACUUCACCGACCGACUCACCCUCACCCCGACAGUCACCUGUCCUUCACCUAUUACCAAGGCUAUCCUCGCAUCAUUCGACAACAAGAGAAAAAUCACCUCUGAAUCCGAAUCCGAAUCCGGCCAACCACAGCGCUCAGCAGAUAUCAUCUGGGAAACAGCGCUGCAAACCGAAUUCGGAAAAUUCAGAUACCCGGGAGGCUUUGGACGGCGCAAUCCCGAUUUUGUCUUCGAUGCCAUUCCAUACGUGGAUCUGCUCGUGCACGAUCUGGGGCUCAGGUCGCAGCGUAAGGCGUCCCUGAUAGAUUGGAUCGAGCCGUAUGGUGUUGAGGAUUAUCGGGGGUUGGUGGAUGAGUGGAAGUCUGCGCAUCAUAUUUCUUCUUGA